AGUCUUUACCUUGUAGACGCUGAGCGGUCGCGCAGCUGCGAUGCCGCGUGGAAGCCGAAGCCGGACCUCCCGCAUAGCCCCUCCGGCCAGCCGGGCACCUCAGAUGAGACCUGUGCCCAGGCCAGCGCCAGCAGCUCAGCCACCAGCAGCAGCUCCACCAUUUGCUGUUGGCUCACCUGCUCCGGCACCCCGGCAGCCAGGUCUGAUGGCCCAAAUGGCAACCACUGCAGCUGGUGUGGCUGUGGGCUCUGCUGUUGGCCACACAUUAGGUCAUGCCAUCACUGGGGGCUUCAGUGGAGGAAGUAAUGCUGAGCCCGCAAGGCCUGACAUCACUUACCAGGAGCCUCAGGGAACCCAGCCGGCAUACCAGCAGCAGCAGCAGCAGUUUGGCCCGUGCCACUAUGAGAUGAAACAAUUUUUGGAGUGUGCCCAGAACCAGGGUGACCUGAAACUUUGUGAGGGUUUCAGUGAGGUGCUGAAACAGUGCAAAUUUGCAAAUGGAUUAGCCUAAUGAAGUUCAAAUUGAAGAUACGGAAACUCAUCUCUCAUGACCAUGUUAAUUUAGUAUAAAAAUAUAAUUGCUAGUGAAAGUGUAAAGUAUAAAACCACCAGUUAAACCUUUCCUCCAGCAUUAAUGGCUUCCUUGCCACAGAAUUGCAAUGGACAGGGUGUUUGUAACUGUCCAGAAGUUAAUUGAGAUGAUAGUGAGUUUGGGGCUGAGCAAAUGUUUGUGUGGCCUCCUUAUACAAGCUUUUGUGAUGUUAUUGUUUGUGAAUCAAUUAGAAUAAAGUGAUUUUCUUCCAAAAAAAAAAAAAAAAAAAAA